AAGUGGCUAAAGCCUAUCCACUAUCUCCCAACACAAAAAGCCAAAAUAAUAAAAGCUUUUUUUUAAAAAGCACAAUUAAAAAUUCUCUUUUGGCCCCCCCUUCCUCUUGCUCUCCGUCCAUGGAUACUUUGUCAGGUUCUGUUUCUGCACUCAAAGUUCAUGGCCGCAAUUCAACUUCUCGCGAGCUCUACCAUUUCAAGACUACCUCUUCCACAUCAAUCCUUCCCUACUCUGCAUCCAAAUCUAACUUAAUCUCCAACAAGACCACCUCUUUCUCUCCAAAAACUUUCACUCCCAUAUUCUUAUCCCCAUCUCCAACCUUAUCUUUCACUUCAUCGUCGUCAUCAUCCUCUCCAACCCUUCACCAGAAACCCGCCAGUGGUUAUGCUGCAGCACUUCUAGGCAUAGCUCAGAGCAACGGUUCCAUCGACCCAGUUGAAAAGGAUGUUCAGAGGCUGUUGAAAUUGCUCCGGAACAAGCAGGUUCAAGCAGUCUUGACUGACCCACUUGUGGGUGAGAAACAAAAGGGAUUGGUGAUGAUUGAUGAGGUGGCCAAUUAUAAGGGAAUGUUUCAUAAGCAUUUGGUGAGUUUGGUGAAGAUGUUGGUGAGGAAGAAUAAGGCUAGUUUGAUCGAGGAAGUUUUGGAGGAAUUCGAGAGGAUUUAUGAUGAGCUUUCAGGGACUAAAGUUGUACUGGUUUCUUCAGCAAAGAAGAUGAAGGAAGAUCAGCUAUCUAAGAUUGCUAUGAGUGUGCAAAGUUUGACUGGGGCUGUCAAGGUGAAGGUAAGGAAUUUAGUUCAUGAGAACUCGCUUUCCUAUGCUGUAUGAAAAACCAGUAACGAUGUUAAAAAUGUUUGCAAUCCUUUGUACGAACAAAAUAAAAGAACAAUUUGGAUUCGUAGUGAUUCUAAGGUGUUAAAAAGCUUCUAGCUUUGGCUUUCUAUUAUGAAAUUUGUUCUAGCUGUUGAUGA